AAUGGAGAUGUUGUGGAGGAACCGUUAGAUGAAAAUUACGUUGAUGAUGAUGACGAUAAGGAUCCUGAUUAUCGCAAACGAAAACCAAAAUUUACUGAGAAAAUUUAUGGAAGUAUACCAGGUAUCAAUGAUUCAUAGUUCGGUACUUAGUGUAGUUCGUUGCUCGUUUCAUAUGAACGAGCAUGUUUCCAUAACUCAUAUUAGUGAUAUACUGCAUGUAAAUGAUAAACCAUAUAGCCUCUAUCAAACUUGACCUCGUAGCUCAGUGUAGGCUUGUUUUAGUAACUCCACACGAACGGCCUUCGCUCGAAACGUGGAAAUUCUCCUUAUAUAUUUUCCGCUAUAGUUGCAUCCUAAUUACCAACGAAAGCUUGUUCAUUGUUCUACAAUGGUAUUCUCGUAAUAUGCUGUGUUAUAAUCUUGAAUGGUUUGUGGUAAUAAUAGGAAAACCUCUGAUUGGUAGGGAUACUAUUAGCUGGAAAAUACAAGGAGAGCUUAAUAAUUAUAGCCUUUCUUAAUUUCAUUUUAUUUUAUUUACGACAUUUGUGAAAGAACGAGUCAGCAGGCUAAGCAAUGGGACACGAGGUUCCUUAUACAAAGGCUUACAAGUCAUACGUCCAGGCCUUGUCCCCGAUUUUUGGGUGGCAAACCGCACUCCAACAGAACGGCAAGAAGCAAUUAAGAAGUGAUUUAGUAAAGUAACAAUAGUACUGUUUUUUUACUUCACUAGUUCACUAAGUUCGUUUCUUUGUGUUUAGUUUCUCCCUUGGCGUUUGCAAACCCAAACAUCGGGGGCAAUGGCAAUUCUCGGCUUAUUGCUAUGGCAGUUCUUCUUAAGAAAGGCUAAUUGAGCAUCAGUAUAACGUACUCUAACAAAAUUUUACCUUUUUAUAGAUAUUCCCGUGGGUACCUUUUGGCAGUUUCGCAUGGCUUGUUCACACGAUGGUGUUCAUAGGUAGGUAUACAUAUUUUAUGGUCGGUACCAUUGUAGGUAUAUUUACGGUCGGUACCAUUGUAGGUAUAGAGACCGUAGCAAAGGGUUGCGGUGUGGAAGACAUACGACUACGUUUCGAGCCAAGGCUCUUCGUCCGGCACGUUAGGAUGCAACAACCUAAAGUCUAGGUUACACGUGCGAUUUAACUUGACGCCAAUCGUUGCCGAAAGUUAAAACGAUUUAACUUUCGACAACAAUUGGCGAAAAAAUCAAAUUACAACUUACUAUAUUUAGAUUGACAGCCAAUGAAAAUUGCAGAGUAUCCACCCUUCGGUGACGGUGAAAUUCAAGGACUUUUCCAGGACUUUCAAGGCCCUUUUUCAGUAAAUUCAAGGACCUAGAACUGGGAAAAAUCUUUGAAAAUGGCACGGAUUUGCCGUAAAUAAUUCACUUUAUUCAGUAAUUUUAAUCAAAAUUACUAAUGUUGGCACAGCUGGAGGUUAAGGAAAUUAAUUAUAGGACUUUCAAGGACUUCUACUGAUUUUCAAAGACUUUCAUGUCCUGGAAUUUUUUUCCAAUUCAAGGACUUUCCAGGAUUUUCAAUGCCCGUGGACACCCUGAAAUUGCUUUACUUAACAAGUUGACUGGCUGGAGAAAAAUAUAUUUGGUGCGACAAAUCAUGUAACGUGGUCAAGUAAAGCCUAUAUCUCCAAGUUUACACACCACUGUCGAUACAUGGCGAAAUCAGUUAAUUGCUAAAACAUUACAACGAGAAAAAAUCGCAUGUGUAACCUUAGUUUAAGGGUGUGUAAACCUUGCAUGGAUGUUGAACUACCUUGUGACGUAUCAUACCUUGUUACGUAAGACCAUUUAUACUGUUUGCUGCGUUGAUGGGAUCUUAAAUUGUUGGACUCUUGAAAGAAAUUGCUUGUAAAUUAGGCCGUAUUCUGUAGCAUGAGGUCGUUCAAUUCCGUUGCCCGGGUUCGGGCACUACUUUGAAACAAGAUAAAUAAUUAGAAUAAAUCAUACGAAGUCCAAAUCUGUUUGUUUGCACUUCCCAAAACCUGCAGUUUUCGAGUAUUUCUUCUUCGAAAAUUCAAGAAAUCAACAUCUUUCGCAAUCGAUCGCCGCCAUUUUUGUUCAGGAUACUUGGUGUAAUAAACACUGUAAAUGGCGAUUCUUGCGGGCUCACAUUUGUUCUUACAUGAAGUUUCCAGGUUAGCCGUUUGUAAAUAUGUCGUCUUCUUACUCGUGUUUAGUUCAUUUUGAUGGGAAAAAGGCCCACUUACAAGUUUUAGUGCGGUUUUAUAUAAAACAUUUUUAGAUUGUCGUAGAAUUUGGCUAACGCUAAACGGGGAAGAACGCAAUGUUGCUCAAAGAAGUUUGCAAUUUGUUAGCGACAGCAUGGAAAGUAGCACGGUCGAAACUGUCGAAUAAGCAAAUUUCUCUGAUCAUCGAGGUUGUUACUUGGCAUUUACAAAUAGCAGUAUGAUCAAAGUACGUUGUUGGAAUAUGGACAAAGAAGGUGUACCUUCAUUCUCUGGUAUCGAUAUUAUUGAUGAAGAAACGGAAUCAGAUGAAAGUUCACCCGUAAAGAAAAUGCUGAGAUCUACGUCACAGAGUAGAGACAUACAGAGACGUAACUAGUGUACCCACUUUUUUGUGCGCAUGCUCGGCAAGUUACUAGAUGCAUGCAUCUGAUUGGACGACGACCUGAUGACGACUCACUUUAAACUUGCUCAUUUUUCGCCCGGUCGCCUGAAAAAAAGUGGGUACAUGAUAACGGAAUCUUCCGCAGUGUUUACGACGGUCAGGUACCUCUCUGUAUGUCUCUACUCUGUGUCUACGCUGAGUUUGCCUACGAGUGCGGCAGGUAAAUUACGGAAUCCCCACGUGUUGCCAUGCGUUUGUAUAAUUUGCAAAUCAGAAAAGUUGUAUUCCACUGAAUCGGUAAGUUUAUUGAUUUAUUUUUUUACAAUUAUUGUCCUACUAAUUCCGCCCGGCUAUUUACACCCGGGGAAACGAAAGCAGUAGCGAAGUCUAAAGUUCAUCAUUGAUCGCGGGCGUGGGUCACCAACGGUGUUCGAGUGUUGGGUGGGUGGUCAUCCUCACUGAUCUCAAAUAUAUGGCGGACUGUCAUGAAUAGCGAACACUGAUUGGUCAAAUUUAAAAUUUGCAUUAUAACGACUGCAUGACGACAGCAAAAUAGCAAACAUUUCUUGAUUUGAUGAUUUCUUGCAAAUAUAUUUCAUUUUUGCAAGAUUUUGUGAAUUUCAAAAGCUUUCUAAGAAAAUAAAGAGGAAAGAAUUGCUAUAAAAGAAGGGAGUAAAGUCGCCGACGUUAACGAAGGUAGGUUUGUUUUAAAUAUUGAUGUAUUGUUCGCUUUAUAAUAGCUUUAAAAGCUGAUCGUUACGUAUAUUUUAAAUGAAAAAGACAGCAUAUAUUUCCAGUGUUUCUUUAUUGAUUAUUUAUGGCUCAAGUUAUAGAUCUUUUCGAUUAAAGCAAAGAUUGUGUGAAAGGUUUUCACAACUUGUUUUCGAUAGACCAAAGGUACGAAACAAGAGUGAAAAUUGUUUAUGGAGAGUGCCUUAGUAAAGCAACUUAAGCAAGUGUAGCAGAAAGUUUUAUGGAUGAUGACAUAGAAUCGUCUCAGAGUUCACAAGAGUCUGAAUUUGAUAUUGACAUUGGAACGAAAGCAUCCACGUACACAAGUGCAACUUUGAAAGAAAUGUAUACAGUUGGCCUAACAAUGAGAAACAACUUGCAUGAUUGUACAUUAGCUUGGUACAAGAACUGGCCACCAUAUGGAUCAGAUAUUACUGGUGAAAACGUUAGAAAGUUAGUAUCAUCUCUCUUGUUUAAUUUUAUGGCAUGGAUGCUUGGGUUUUCAACUGAGCCAGAAGAUGCUGACUAAAUUGAAUUAGAUGAGCAAACUACAUCAAAGAUUUUUUCUCUGUAUCAAGAUUUGGUCUAUACUCUACUCUAUAUUUCUAUUAAGGGGAAAGUACAGACACCCAAGUCCCUGGUUGUUCUGUCCUGAUUAGGAUUUUGGGUGGUUUUGGACAUUGUGUCUCACUAUCUUCGACAAUGGCAUAUGAUUCAGCUAUUGCAUAGGCAACUAUCAACACAUCAAAAAUUAUUCCAAGGGAAGUUGUUGCAAAUAAGUAUGUCAAUCUGUUUUAUGACAACGUUGAUUUUGGAGACGAAAUUGCUAAACAGACUCAUGUUACCAACGGGAUCAUUACUCAAAAGUCUGUGUUCAAAAACAGAUAAGUUCAUCAAACCAGACAACCCUAAUAAAGAAGACACAGCGGACAGUAGAAAUGUCUACAACUGAUAUUGUGCCUUACAGUAUUGGAGUAAAGAAAACACCUAUAUUUCAAAGUGUUGAACUGGAUCCUGAAUGUUUGGAACUUACUUUAGUAAACACAGACAGCUUCUAAACUUUAUUUAGCAUAUAUCUUAAUCAAAUAUGUAUGUGCUGCAAAUGAAGAAGUGUUAUCAGGAUAGACGGGGUUUAAUACCAUGCUCUUUAGUCGAGAACUACCACAUGUAUCCAGGGUUGGCUAUUUGCUGGUGAUUGAUGCAUCGCCAACAGAAUAUUCCACUAUCAACACAAUCCUUACAAGGAGCAAAGAAAUCGCUGAUAAGUUGGAACUGAAAUAUGCGGUGUUGGUUUUUGACAAAGCUGUAUAUGCUAAAGUUCAACAGGUUCGCUGGAAGGAAGAGACAUUCUUCAAUCGAUUUGUUGUACGCCUUGGUGAAUUCCACACUAUCAUGACCUAUCUGUCGGCUAUGUCAAAGAUAUUUGAAGAUGGAGGCUUAAAGGUAAUUUAACUCUUAAUUAUCUGCCCUAAGUUGACUUGACUGUAAACAAACCUCAUACCCAGGCAUGGGAAACAGGAAUUAUUGACAAAUAAUAAAUUUGUGGGUGUGCUAAUUAAGAAACAGUGAAACAGAACAGUGAAAGUUUCAUUCCCCAUGCAUACUGUACAUGUUUGUCAACUAAAAUAUGACAUUUUUUCUUUCUCUUUGACAGUCAUUUUUGCCGACUUUGCGAUCAUGACUUAAAUUUGGUUUUAAUUGUAGGUUGUGACAGUACAAGCUCUUUCCAUGGAAAGGAAAGAAAACUGCUUGGAAAACGUUGGUUGCCUGUCCUGAGUUUGCUGAAAGCCUUUCGAUGCGUGGGUUUCCUCCAUCAGAAGAUCUUAUAAACGAACUAAACAGGUUCGCACGCCUCCUGUACUGAGACAAAACAUCGACAAAUGCGGAUGAUUGUAGAUAGUCUCUUUUUAAAUCUGGAAAAUGUUCGGAUGACGUCUUGCCCCCAACAUACGACGGCCUUGUCCAACAUAUCAACAGAGCAAAUUUCCAAACAGCAUGUUGGUGCCAGUGUUCUAAUGCAGAAAUUGAUAUUCCUUCGCCAUCUGGUAAUAGGUGGACACUUACGAAUGAAAAGUUAGAGGUUGUUUAGAUGACGUGCCCGCCUGCUCCACAAUCCUUGCUUGAGUGUGUCGAGUGCAAGAAGUGUAAGACCGGAUACACGACCAUCCGCUGUUCGUGCAGAAAGGCCGACUUGAAGUGCACUUGUGUUCAUGUUGUGGUUGCCAGAAUACAGCAGAUGAAGAUCAAGACGAUGAGGAAGAAGAUGAUGAUGAUGAUGAUGAUGAGGAGGAGGAAGGUAAUGGUAUGGCUCGAAGAACAACUUGAAGAAUUUGAUUCGGACUUUGGUAAUGAUGAUGGUUUGUGACACUGGUUGUCUGGAUGAAAUGGCGGGAUAUGACAACGAAGAAGAACCUAGAGAAUCGGAUUUUGCCAAUGAUGACUGAUGACUGAUGGCGAUGAUUUGUGACACUGGUUGUCUGGUCGAAAAAGCUAAGUUCAAAAUUUUUAUUUUUGUAAUAUUUUUAAAGGAAGGCAGUCAUUUUUAAAUAGCAUAGUUGAUAUAUAAAGUGCUCGACAUUGUUAAUACAUGGAGGAAAACCGCAGCAUCCGGAGAGGAACACACGAAAUACGCAUUGGAACCACCGUGUCUUCAACAUGUUGUAUAGCAAGCUUAAUUGUGCUAACCGCGUCUGCCACCCAUGCUUUAUCCUUUAUGUAUUCCCUUGUUGUAUUUUUCGGGCAGAUUAAUCCAAGAAGGACAACAACCUACACUGGCACCAUGCCCACACUGGCAUGUUCCAUAUUUAUAAUAUGCACCUACAAAUAGCAGGUUUUAAUGAAUUAAUGUAAAAUUUUCAUAACAAAGGAAACUGCUUUGCGGUUAUUUUUUCAGAUCCAAUGACGAACACCAAUACAGUAGAACACUAAACGAAAUUCCGAAGACCAGUAUCAAAAGGAAGGAAAGAGUUAGCUUUUAACUUCCAAAAUCGUUGCUGUAGCAUGGGGUGGAGAACACGUUCUAGAUUUUCCCAAAGGGUUUUUUUGGUUUUCGUGUGCGGCUAAGCAGCAUGGUGUUCCAUCGUUUGGUUACAUAGACAUGUGCGUUUAUUUUUUUGUAAAACUGUGUACUGUACGUUGUCCACUCUAAAUUUGCUAUAUUAAAAUCUGUGAUAAAAUGUAUGGUAUAUCUAUGGAAUUACAGAGGCGAUUAUUUUUUUGAGUGGGUGGAACAAGAAAAAAGCACGUUUCUUCAGAAAUGAAUGCUGAUUUUGGUGCACGACAAACGCUCUAUUGACUAUGAGCAUUUGGCGUUGUAAUUAGCAGUAAUAAAUGUAAUAGAACUUAAUAGAAAGAAAACGUUCUUUAGAAUUGUAAUUGAGUAACGCAUGAUACAUGUUAAUUAAAUGAUUCUGAAAUUCUCUAAAUAGUUUUGUGUUUGUAGUUAAUUUCCUCAAAUAAACAGGAGUUUUCCCGUUUAAUUAUUUUAUGAUUUGUGUAAUUUUGAAAAAAAAAGUUUAAAAUUUUACUCAAUUAAUACCCCACCAAACCCCUCAAAGGCAGCUUCACCGAGCCAUGUUUGCACAGCGGAUGUUUACGAAACUUCAUGAAGAACGAGUGUGAGCCCGCGAUUAAAUCGCCAUUUAUAAUGUUUAUUACACCAAGUAUCUGAACAAAAGUGGCGGCGGCGAUCGAUUGCGAAAGAUGUCGAUUUCUUGAAUUUUCGAAGAAGAAAUACUUAAAAACUGCAGGUUUUGGGAAGUGCAAACAAGCGAAUUUGGACUUCGUAUGAUUUAUCCUAAUUAUUUAUCUUGUUUCAAAAUAGUGCCCGAACCCGGGCAACGGAAUUCAUCAGUUCUAAGCGAUGUUUCAUGCCACAGAAUACGGCCUAAAUUACAUUUUAUACAUUAUAAGCAAUUUCUGCAACCUAUAUAUUUAGUUAAGUGUAUGUAUAAUUUUUUGCUAGACCCACAGUAGCUGGUAUUCAUGGUGGCGAGGAUGGCUGUUAUUCAAUUGCGCUGUCGGGUGGGUACGAGGAUGAUCUGGACUAUGGAGAAUGUUUCACGUACACUGGUGAAG